AUGUUUGACUCCGUGAGGGCGAUUCUGCGCUUGGCAUAUUGCUAUGGUCUCGUGGUGGGAGUAUUCAACUUUGAGGUGGAUUGGCGAACGGGAAAGGCUUCGGCCUCUCGACGAGUCACAAUUUAUGCGGCGCUACACAAUUUUACCCUGAUGACUCUGAUAUGUUUGCGCAGUCUCAGCGAUAAGUCGACUUUUUCGGAAUUAAUCAAUGCUCGAUAUCUCCAUGAGUACUUUUUUCUGCUAAUGACGCUGGUUCGACACUUUGCAGUGAUGAUCUCUCUGAUCACCAGAUGGUUCCAGCGUUGCAGGAUCCUAAGACUUUGGAAUAAACUAGUUCGAAUGAUUCGGGAAAGACCGCACGUGGUUCAUGAGUACCGUCGCAGCAUAAUCCUAAAAUUUGUAGUUGUCGUUCUAUCCGACUCUCUCCACACAAUUUUGGAUCUAAGUGCUCAGCGAAAAGUUUUAAAUUUUGAUCUAGCCAUAAAUCUAAUUAUCUGGACCAUAUUUACCACCAUAUUCAACAUGAUCGUUGUUCAGUAUUAUUUGGCCGUACUCCAAAUACUUGGGCUCUAUAAUAUUCUGCUCCAAGAUCUGAGGAAUUUGAUUCGUGAAGCUGAAACCAUAUGCUCAAUUCGCAAUCGGCGAGGAGGAGUUUUCUCCAUAAAAUGUUGCUCCUUGGCAGAUCAACUGGAUUGUUUGGCUGAAAGACAUUCCACCCUGCAGGAUGCACUUGACGAAAUGUCGCAGCUUUUUCAAAUACAGAGCUUUAGCAUGAGCCUGGUCUAUUAUCUCUCCACCAUGGGCUCUAUUUACUUUACCUUCUGCUCGAUUUUGUACAACACCACUGGAUUCGGUUCGACAUAUUGGGGACUCUUGAUGAUUGCCUUGUCCACGACAUUCUUCUAUGCGGAUAAUUGGAUAUCUAUUAAUAUUGGAUUUCGGGCUCGCGAUAAGCAAGAUGAGAUUAUUCGAAUAUUAGCGGAUCGCACUCUGUUCAGCCAAGAAUUAGAUGAACGACUGGAGACAGCCUUUGAGAACUUCCAGCUGCAAUUGGUCCGUGAUCCCUAUGAGUUCUAUGUCCUGGGACUCUUUAAAGUGGAACGAAAUCGAUUAAUGGCCAUGCUGAACUCAAUUAUCACUCAUUCCAUUCUUUUAGUUCAAUGGGAACUGCAGCAAAAUCGAACAUAA